AUGGCUGAGAAUCAAAAAGCAGAACCCAACUUUAUUGAUAAUAAAGAUUUCCCCCCAGCCGGAAACGAAAUGGCCACGCCGAGGAGAUCCGGCCAUCAUGUAUCUCCUGGACGCCUAGAAAGGAUAUAUCGUAGCGGCACCGUCCUAGCCAUCACCGAGCACGUUCCGCCAGAACCAUUCAGAUCAGAUUUCUAUGAGCUGUCCUGGUACCGAAAGCCAGCACCAGAAGAAGAGGUCCUGGCGUCAGGUCAGCUGGGGUGGUGCUUGAAGUGUCCACAGGUUGAAACGCAGCCAAAAGAGGGCGCACAACAACACUCUCUCAAGAUUUUGCAGGUCAUCUCUGUGGGCUACCACAGGCGCUCCCAGGUCUUCAAGUGCCAGUUGGACGGAGAUGAAGAGAAAAUCUACAUGGCUAAGGCAUACGACCCGGCGUUCAGUGUUGAGUACCCGUACGAUGUGACAUACGCCGCCGACGCCUCAUACAGUACUGAGGCAGCCGCGUACGAAGACAUCAAGCGAUUCGGAUACGAUGGCACGUUUAGCCCGCGAUACUAUGGCUCAUGGACCUUUAACCUGCCGAUAUACAAGGAUCGUAGCAUAAGGGCUUCUGUUCGCGCCAAUACACGGCCAGUCAGGAUGAUUUUGAUGGAGUAUAUUGAGGGACUUGACUUUGAGGAGAUUUUCAAGGUCAAGGUGGAGUUACUUCUUUCGCCCCAAGAGCGGCUCUACGUUCUGAACGAUAUUCUCAAAGCCAAGGCGUUCCUCCAAUUUGCCGGCGUUUCCCACCGCGAUCCAUUCCCGAGAAAUGUGAUACUGCGUGGAUCCUCUUCCUCUGCGACGGACAUCACGGGAGACCACACUGCUGGCAAAGUGGUGAUCAUCGACUUUGAGCACGCAGUCGCUACACGGAGGCCAAAUUGUCUCUAUGCUGCCCCAAGAGAAGACCGUCCGAUCAACCCAAUCUACCAUCAUUGGCGCCAUUGCCCAGCAGAAUGGGGCUGUUUGGUACCGGAGCCCUUCUUCAGCAAUUAUGCUGAGUGGCAGAAAUGGAUGAAGGAUUCCUGGCUGAACAAUCGUGCUUUUACCAAACCUCUUGGUAUGGAGAUAGCACCCUGGGACAGGGAUAUACGCAACUGGUUCCCGCAGUUUGCAUGA